AUGGCUCCUCCAAUGCCGAAAUGGGUUGUUGACCUCAACAACGGCGUCCCUUCUAGACCCAAGAAUGUAUCCAGCAUCCCAGACCCUCCCGGCUUUUCAGGCUCCAGGUCCGCGGUUGGGAAACAGAAGUCGCAACCUCCUGGACGAAAACCCCCGACCCCCGAAGAAACAGAAACACUCAAACUCAAGAAAGCGUGGGAGGUUGCACUUGGGCCUGCGAAGCAGCUUCCCAUGCAAGCUAUUAUGGGCUACAUGUCGGGCAAUUCGCUCCAGAUAUUUUCUAUUAUGAUGGUGUUUAUGCUUUUCAAGAACCCUAUCCAGGCUAUCUCGCAGACCAACACACAGUUCGCCAAAUUCGAGAGCGCUGGUAAUCGUACACAGAUGUUGGGCGUCAAGGCGGUAUAUGUCCUAAUGCAGUGUCUCCUGCUCGGUUUGGGCAUCUAUAAAGUCAACAGUAUGGGACUGCUACCUACGACGAGAAGCGAUUGGUUGGCAUGGGAAUAUGAGAGACAGCCACUUGAAAGAGCAUAUUUUGCAUUUGGCCGGUAA